CUUUGUAAAUGUUUCAUUCAUUCAUUCAGGUGAAAUGAGAGUCAAAACAACAUAGGAAAAAACAAAUGGAAAUUGAAGAACACACACAAGGUCAAAUAUUCAUUGGUUUUCCAUUGGGUUUAGCCCUUCUUGUUACCUUGUUAUUCUUCAUUUGCUCCUUCUUUUGUUGUUGUUUACAUUGGAACAAACUUCAAUCUUUGCUUCAAUCUUUUGGGAUUAUUGUUAUCAAUCCUCAGAAUCAUAUACAAGCAAACUUUGCUUCAUCUAAUCAUAAACCAGGGUUUCCUGUUUUGAUGAUGAAGCAGAAUCAUUGUCAAAGCUUGCCUGUGUUGAUGCCAGGAGAUACGGUUCCAAAAUUCAUAGCCUUGGCAUGCCCAUGUAAGUCUCCAAAGGAUGAAAAAAUCACAAUCCAUGUGUAGAAGGCAGAACCAUCACCAUCAAGUGGUCUUUGUGGUGCCAACUGUACAAUUAGCAAUUAGUUAUAUCAAGAUUUUAAUCGCGUGUGGUUUCAGUUGCGAUCUUUGAUAUUACGAAUAAUUGUAGUAAAAUGUGGUUGGCAGGCUACACAAUUUGAUUUCAAUCUUGAUCAUUCAUGUCGUGAUUGCGUUACUAAUCAUUGAAUCACCAUCAGACAAUCCAUAUUUCAAUUUAAAUUUAAGAGUUCAAAUGUUA